CGUUUUCGAGGAGUUGCUGACCUUCGAAGAGGACGGAUCGAAAAUGAAUACUGUUUCUAUCAUACUGUUUCUAUCAUACAUCUGUGGGACACUUUGGGCCACACUGUGUUCUGGAACAUCCUACCUCCAGCCUACGGCGCACUAUCAAGAAGMCGAAGGAUCUCUUCUUCCGAAUCGACGGRAAGAAGSGCGAGAAAGGCAUACUCAGCAAUUCCUGUUGUCCAAGAGGCAAACGAAGCGUCGUGGUCCCAUCCGGUAGCCUAGCAUGUAACAYGUGAAUUCGCAAUGACUACCAUCUCGUACGUGAAGUAAUGAAAAUGUGAGCUCUUCUCAUGUAUAGAAAAUAGAAAAAAGUACUCACUAGGCACUCGUAAAGAAUAACAGUAAAAUUUUAAACUAGUUAAAUUUUAAUGCAGGGGGAYCAAUCCAAUGCAGCAUCGACUAGAAUCUCCCCCAAGGGCUYGAACCUGCCUUUCCAAACAGAGGCAUACUGAGCAGGCGGCAAGCGGUGGCAGGAGAGUCGUGCUUCGGAUCUUUUCCCGUGCUGACCUGUUAUGCAUCCGUUCCGACCCUCUCAUGGGUGCGUUACAUCUGCCCCGCAAAAUUGGCCGCAUCUCUCGGUUCCGUGGCGGCAUCGGAUCCGUGGUAGGAUYCGUUGUGGGUUCCGUUGUGAGAGCCGUUCGUGGCGACGGGUGCGUCCCCGGAACGACCACGCUUGCGGGAGAGCGGACCCCGCACGACGGGCCACUUGCUGGUCACCUUGACCCGGUUGGAAAAGAAUUCCAUGGCACCGUCGCCGGUAAUGUCCAUGUCUCCGUACUUGCUCCGGGUUCCGUACARACCUCCGAAGGAAAACGGCUCKCGGGGUACGGGUAUUCUGCGUUGCGGGUUCGGCGGCACACCACCAUUCGAAACCAGAGACAGAAAAAAUAGAAAAAACAACAACGAUGUUUAGAAUCGCGGACACAUUCGUGGCAUAUCACUUCAAUGGCAAGAUUAUUCAUAAGCAAUAGGUUGGUAUUUUGGAAAACAGAAAUCCACGACGUGACGGACCAAAAUCGGUCCGACCAUCGAUUUGAUUCCAAACCAGGAAACACACACUAAACAGCGUGGCGUUACGCACCCAAUGUUGACCCCCAACAUGCUAGCCCGGAAACGAGAGGUGAACCAUUCUGCGUUGCCGCCGUGGGUGGUAUAGAUCGACGCAGCAUUUCCAAACGGACUGGCAUUCUCGAUAGCAACGGCCUUUUCCCAGCUGUCCACCGGRUACACGCUAAGGACGGGCCCAAAGACCUCCUCCGAGAGCGUUUUGUCUUCCUCGGGGUUGGUGUGCUUGAGGAUUGUGGGACCAAUCCAGAAUCCAUUGUCUCGCUUCCAGCUCCGUCCGUCCAGGAGGACCUCCGCGCCUUUUUCGAUCGAGUGGUCGAUGUAGGAAAGAAUCCGCUCGUACGAAACCUUGUCAAUGACGGGCCCCAUUUCGCCGGGUCCGCUCCCGGCCUUGAUGGCCGAGGCCGUGGAAACAAUCUUUUGCACCAGCUCGGUCCCGGCCGCGGGCUCGGAUUCGCCCGCUCCUCCCUCGUCCACCGUCAGCAGCACCGAGGCCGCCAUGCACCUCUGGCCCGCGCAGCCCGCAAAGCUCACGGUGAUAUCCGCCGCGGCUCCCUCGGCGUCGCAGUCCUCCAGGGCCACCAGGUGGUUCUUUGCACCACCGAGGGCCGUGCACCGUUUCGGUUCGGGCAGGGCCCGGCAGCGCUGGGCCACGAUCUUGGCCACAGGGGAGGAUCCGACAAAGGUGACCGCUUUCACGUCCGGGUGGUCGACCAGGGCCUCGACGCAUGCCCUCGUGCCCUGGACCAUGUUGAAAACCCCGUCGGGGAGUCCGGCCUGCUUGAAGAGAUCGGCGGCGUAGUGCAUGGUCAGCGGAACCUUUUCGCUCGGCUUUAGGACGACCGUGUUCCCCAUUACCAGGGCGAUCGGCACCGUCCACAUGGGAACCAUAAAGGGAAAAUUAAACGGGACAAUGCAGGCCACCACCCCGAGUGGAUCCCUGCGAUCGGUGCAGGAUACCUGCCCCGAAACCCGUAGCGUGGUUCCGGGCGCCAACUGGGGCAGCGAGCAGGCCCACUCGACCGUCUCGUUACCCUUGGCGACGUCGGCCAGAGCCUCCGUGAGAUUCUUGCCGUUCUCCUUGACAAUGAGUUCGGCAAGCGGCUUUGCGUGCUGCUGAACCAGCGUGUGGAAUUUCAUCAUCACCGCGGCCCGCUGCUUGAUCGUGCGGUUGGCCCAUGCUGCGGCCGCUUUGGAAGCCGAGACAACGGCGUCGUCCACGUCAGAGGAAGCCGAUACCGCCACCUUUCCAAUGGUCUUGGCAUCGGCAGGGUUGAUCACGUCCAUGUAGUCGUUGGUGGACGGGGGGACAAAGACACCGGAAAUGUAAUUGUCGACGACGACGGGUUCUGUUUUGUCGGACAUGAUGGGAUCUAACUUGAUGAUAUGAUGUAGAUUGGAUACUGUUUCGCUUCGGUGGUUACGAAUAAUAUCGGAGGAUUGGAUUCAAGUGAUUCGAUUGGAAGAAUAAAGUGCUUCUGUUGUG